UGACAGCUUGUACCGGUGAUGGAACCGACCCCAAACCGUCCGAGUUUGCUUUUGCAUUUCGGGCCUAAAUCCUCAAAGCCUCUCCUGGGCUCUCUGGGAAGUCUCCUCAGGUGGUUUUGCAUCGCUGGGGUUUUAAGACGUGGCUGUGAUGAGCGAGAAUCGCCGGGGUUCUGUGCCGGGGACGCUGCCGGGAGCUGCAGUGUGGCAGUGCCAGAGCGAGCCUGUGGCAGCUCCCCAGGUCCCGGGAUCGCAGGGUGGGCUCCGCACCUUCCACUGCCGGGACUGGGAGCUGCCCUGGCUUCAGACACUUUUCUUGGAGCCACAAACUCGCUGGGUAUCCCAAAAAUCCCCGCAGAGUAUAAAGAGUGAACGUGGUUCUUGUGAGGCAGCGCAGCAGUUGGGCGUGCAGUCAUUUCUGAGUGACAGCCUGGCUUGGAACGGGAAUUUUCCACUCUUUUAUGUAAGAAAGAGAGUAACCUCAAACGUUCUGGAGGAAGUGCACGAAGCAGCCGGGUUCUGAGGGAACCUGCCUGCUGACAUUAACGCCUCCAGCUGCAGAGCCUUUCCCCUCGGCCGCUCCGUCGUGCCCAGGAUCCAUUCCACCAGCCCAGGUCCAGCACAGCUGCGAGCUAAAUUCCUGCACACGGAGCACGAGCUGAGAGAGGCCAAGACAGUGAGCCAGGCCGACAUGAAGGUGGAAAUCCUGCCAGCCCUCACUGACAACUACAUGUACCUCCUCAUCGACCAGGACACCAGGGAGGCUGCCAUCGUCGACCCUGUGCAGCCCCAGAAGGUUUUGGAUGCAGUCAAAAAGCAUGGAGUGAAGCUGACCUCUGUCCUGACCACCCACCACCACUGGGACCAUGCUGGAGGCAAUGAGAAGCUGGUGAAGAUGGAGCCGGGGCUGCGCGUGUACGGGGGGGACAGCAGGGUGGGGGCCCUGACCCACAGAGUGUCCCACCUGACAGCUCUCAAGGUGGGAUCUCUGAGUGUGAAAUGCCUCAGUACGCCGUGUCACACCUCGGGACACAUCUGUUAUUAUGUGACUAAGCCAAAUAGCUCCGAGCCACCUGCAGUUUUUACAGGUGACACCCUGUUCGUGGCUGGCUGCGGGAAGUUCUUCGAGGGCACCCCGGAAGAGAUGUACAAGGCACUGAUUGAGAUUUUGGGCAGCCUGGACCCCAGAACGAGGGUUUUCUGUGGCCACGAGUACACCAUCAACAACCUCAAGUUUGCUCGGCACGUGGAGCCCAGGAACCCCAGCAUCCAGGAGAAGCUGGCCUGGGCCAAGGCCCAGUACGACAGUGGAGAGCCCACCAUCCCCUCCACCAUCGCUGAGGAGUUCACCUACAACCCCUUCAUGAGAGUGAGGGAGAAGUCAGUCCAGGAGCACGCUGGGGAGAGCGACCCUGUGCGGGUCAUGGGGGCCAUCAGGAAAGAGAAGGACAACUUCAGAGUGCCCAAGGACUGAGCCCUGCCUGCAUCACUUUAAUCAUCACUUUAAUGUCACUUCAAGCGUCACUUAGACCGUUCAGAUGUUUUAGGAGUCAAAUCUUCUGUCGUGGUUGAGACAAGUUUUCUUUAGGUUUUUUGUUUUGUUUUAAUUAAGGAAAAAAAAAAGCACUUUGCCUUUGUUGAGAUGUUCUACAGCAUAUUUAUAUUAUGAUGAAGAAUAUUUAUCCUCCUCUUGCUCUCUCAAGCUGUCACGUGUCACCUGCAGAUCAUUGUGCAAGUGUUGGUGUGAGACUCCAGGCUGGGCAGGAUCAAACCUGGAGGUUUAGGAAGAAGCUUCUCUCCUUUCUGUGGGAGCCUGCUGUGGAUGCAGAAGGUGGGACUGAGAUGUCUUUGUGUGAAGCAGAGACCAAAUUCAGGAGCUGAAGAUUUCAAUGUUUCCUCCAUGCUGCUACUUCAACAUUCUGGGUGUCCUCCUGGCUAAAUCCAGUUCCAGAGACAGACCUGCCGUGCCCGUGCUGCUCCAGGGUGUCACUGGGGAGCCCCCCGGGCUGCUCUGGCUCUGGGAGUGGCUCUGGGAGUGGCUCUGGGGCCAUCCAGCUGCUCUCUUGUCCCCAGGCAUUGCUGUGCUUGCACCCUUUGAGUCCCGAGGCUGUUGCAUGAACCUGCUGCCUGCUGUCCCCUGUGUGUGACCUGGGCUUUGGCUGGUGCCUCAGGAUGCAGGGCCAGCCACUCCUGGUGAGUGACUGUCCCCCUGAGCUGUGGUGACAGCCCUGCAGCAGGCCUGGCAGUGACAGGCAGCUGAGCAGUUACCUGUCCCCAGGUGAGCAGGGAUGUGGGGUGGCACCAUUUGCUUUAAAAUGCUGAAUUUUGUGUAGUUCAGAGAGAAAAGUGGUGCCUAAAGCUGUGCUGCCACACCUGAGUGUGACUGUCCUGAUGGGUGUGACUGUCCUGAGGGCUGGCCAGAGGGGAAAUAAAUAACAGCUGGAAGCAGAGGUUGUUAA